GUAAAAGUAUGUAUGUAAUGAAUGCUCCGUAUCUGCUACUUCAAAAGGGCCAGAAUGCAUGCGUAGAUUCGCCGAAAAUACUGACACAGUAAACCUAUUCAAGGAAGCAGCACAAAGUCAAAAUUUUGAUAAUGAUGGUGAUUGUAAAAGGAAAGUGCCCAAUCGAUGUUUGACGUAUAAUGAAGUCUUACGAGAACAUCCAUUAGUGUUUUCUUCAUCGGACCCACGAGAUUUUAGGAAUGAUGUAUUAGCUAAAGUUAUUCCAAGAAUCCUCAAUCCACUUGAAAAAAGAAACAACUUUUAUGACCAGCCAGAGAACUGCCCAUCGUGGUUUCCUAAGUCUAGAGUCAGGUUUCGGAGACCAAAUCACCCUAAACGUAAGAAUGAUCCUCCUCAGUAGAAGUACAAUUCUUAAUUUAGUUAAUGUACAGGUGGAGAGAAACGAAUGACAGCAG